AGCUCAGGAAAAAACAACAAAGGAAACAAUUACACCAUUUACACUCUCUCUCUCUCUCUCUCUCUCUCUCUCUCUCUCUCUCUUCUUUUUUACCUUUUCCCUUUCUGUUCCGAAGGCAAUAGCCAAAAAUUAGCUCAAUUUAAAGUAUAGUUAUUUUCUCGGUUGAAUUCCUAGCGUUCCUCCCAUCUCUCGGUUAAUUGCGGCAUUUCUGUUAGUCUUGUUACAAGAGAAGGUACUUCUUCUAAGAAUGGAAACUGAGGAUAUGAUUAGCCUCCCUGCUUCUGGUAAUUCUGGAGAUAGCAGUGAGAAUAAUGGACUUCACAAGUCCGAAUCUGGUGCAGGUGAAGCUGAUUCUCAACCUAGGAUUUAUGAGGCUGAAGUAGGUUCAAGAGAUGAGCACAACAUGGGGCUCAAUGAAGUUGAUAUUGGAACUGGAAAAGGAACAAGACGUCCAGAGAAUUCGGGGCUCAGUGAAGAUGAUACUGGAACUGAAGAACACAUGACAGGAUCAGAAAAUUUAGGAUUUGAUGCUGUAACAAAAGAAGUCACAACAGCUAAGGAUAAUUUGGUGUCCAAUCAAGUUGAUGUUAGAAAUGAAGAUGGGGAGUUUCUGGUGGAAACAGAGGCUGACAUGGAUUUGGUAGAUUCACCUGUCAUGCAAAUGAAUGUUGAAGUGGCUGACACUGUUACAUUUUCUGAGAACCUUAGUAGCUUUGGCUUUCGAUUGAGUUCUGAGAAUGGUUGUCCUAAUAACCAAAAUGAGAGUCUUAUCCAUAGCUGCAUGAUGAAUGGCACUCCUAUAUUGGGUGUUAAGAGAGCAAGGGUUACAUAUGAUGAACAGCAACCUUCAGUGCAUGUCAAGUAUAACACAUUAACAAGAGCCAGCAAACGGAAGUUGGAGGAACUAUUACAACAGUGGUCAGAGUGGCAUGCACAACAUGGUUCAUCAGCUCAAGACAAUGAACUGCUAGAAUCUGGCGAAGAAACAUAUUUUCCUGCUCUCUGUGUUGGAAUGGAGAAGUCUUCUGCAGUGUCAUUCUGGAUAGAGAACCCAACAAAGAAGCUGCAGUCUGAUGGUUAUAUUCCUCCUGAUGAUGACUUUGUGCCUCUUUAUGAUCGUGGAUUUGCAUUAGGGUUGUCUUCAACAGAUGGUCCAAGUAAUGUUGAGGGAGGCCUGGAAAUAGUAGAUGAGGCUGCCCGGUGUUUCAACUGUGGUUCUUACAACCAUUCUCUCAAGGAGUGCCCUAAGCCACGUGACAAUGCUGCUGUUAACAAUGCACGAAAACAGCAUAAGUCCAAACGGAAUCAGAAUUCUGGCCCUCGCAAUUCAGCUCGAUAUUAUCAGAACUCUUCUGGUGGAAAAUAUGAUGGUUUAAAGCCAGGUGCUCUUGGUGCUGAAACAAGGCAGCUUUUGGGUCUUGGGGAGCUUGAUCCACCUCCUUGGCUUAACAGAAUGCGAGAAUUGGGAUAUCCACCAGGGUAUCUAGAUCCAGAUGAUGAGGAUCAACCAUCGGGGAUCACAAUAUUUGCUGAUGAGGAUGUCAAGGAAGAACAGGAAGAUGGGGAAAUCAUUGAGACAGACUGCCCUGACCCACCAAAGAAAAUGGCUGUUGAAUUUCCAGGAAUAAAUGCACCAAUCCCAGAGAAUGCUGAUGAAAGACUUUGGGCAGCUGGACCUUCAAGCUACGAUCCUUUUAGGAAUAGAUCACUCCGUAGAUCAAACCAUUCUUCAGAACCAAUUAGCAGAUGGCGUCGUCACGAGCAAAGAGGGUCUAGGGAUUCCCUUGAUGAAGGGCCUCCAGGUGUUGACCCAGUAUUCAGUCCAUCUAUGUCUAGCUACCCUCCAAGAUAUGGUAAUUAUGAUUCUAGUUACAAUUUUGACAACAGCAGAGAUCCGUCACCCUCCCUGGCAAGGUCUCAUAUUGACAGAGGUAGAAGGAGCCCUUUGGCAAGUGAAGAUUUUUCUAAUAAUAUUUCAUCAUUGCACUCAUCCUCAAAUAAACGUUCUUCACCUUGGAAUAAUGGCUCAACUAGAUUAGAAAAUGAGACUGAUGAGAGGUUGAAUGAUUACGAGAUGGAUUAUUCAUAUCGAAGUAAUUAUGAGUAUGACCGCUACCGUCAUCGUAGUUGGAGGUGAAUGGAACUGUAACUUGUUGUAACAUUAUGCCAUAGAUGUGAUUGUGACUUGUAAAAAUGUGGAAGAACAGCGAGAAGGGGAAAUCUCUUUUUUGUUGUUAUUAUUUUUUCCUGACAGGAGUUGCUCAUUUCUGCGACCAACAGCUAGGGGAAAAUGGCCAAAUGGCUAUUGUACAAAGAAUUAUAUAGGUUUUAGCUAAUUUAGAUGGUUAUAAUUGUAGUUCUCCUUUUGAUGUAGAAUAUAUUUGGAAAUAGUUGUUAUUUAUCUUUAUAUUUUCUGCUAA